AUGAGACGUUUCCUGUGUUGGUCGCUAGUGAGACUCGCUGCAGAAGCAGAUAUACAAUAUGAACUGACACGGUGUAACCGUUAACUUUAGGAAAAUCAAGUACAUGUCCUCUUUCUAGUUGCAGUUGUCCGACAACACCAAAGCUAUGGCGCGAGACUGUACUACACGAAGUUUGGACAAUAUUGACCUCUCUGCUUUGAGGGAUCCUGCAGGCAUAUUUGAGCUGGUAGAAGUGGUUGGAAAUGGAACAUAUGGGCAAGUCUACAAGGGUCGACAUGUGAAGACAGGACAGCUGGCUGCUAUCAAGGUCAUGGACGUGACAGAGGAGGAAGAAGAGGAAAUCAAAUUAGAGAUUAAUAUGUUGAAGACAUAUUCCCAUCAUAGGAAUAUAGCUACAUACUAUGGUGCCUUUGUGAAGAAGAGUCGUGCAGGUCAGGAUGACCAGCUGUGGCUGGUGAUGGAGUACUGUGGGGCGGGCUCAGUCACUGACCUUGUGAAGAAGACUAAAGGGAACAGCCUAAAGGAGGACUGGAUCGCCUACAUCUGCAGGGAGGUCCUCCGAGGCCUGUCUCACCUCCACUCACACCACGUCAUUCACCGUGACAUCAAAGGCCAGAACGUGCUGCUGACUGAGAAUGCGGAGGUCAAGCUGGUUGACUUUGGGGUGAGUGCUCAGCUGGACAGGACGAUAGGGAGGAGGAACACCUUUAUUGGGACUCCGUACUGGAUGGCCCCUGAGGUCAUUGCCUGUGACGAGAACCCAGACUCAACCUAUGACUACAGGAGUGACCUGUGGUCUCUGGGAAUCACAGCUCUGGAGAUGGCUGAAGGAGCACCACCCUUGUGUGACAUGCAUCCCAUGAGAGCCCUGUUCCUCAUUCCUCGCAACCUGCCCCCCAAGCUCAAAUCAAAGAAAUGGUCCAAGAAGUUAAUGACCUUUGUGGAGAGCUGUCUGGUGAAGAACUACCUCCAUCGUCCCGCUACAGAAACCCUCCUAAGGCACUCGUUCAUCAAAGACCUGCCCAACGAACGGCAGGUCCGCAUCAUGCUCAAAGACCACCUGGACAGAACCAGGAAGAAGAGAGAUAAAGAGAGCCCAGAGUAUGAAUACAGCGGCAGUGAGGAUGAGGAGGAGGAGAUUAACGAAGAGGAAGGUGAACCCAGCUCCAUAGUGAACCUGCCGGGGGAGUCCACUCUGAGAAGAGAGUUCCUGCGUCUGCAGCAGGAGAAUAAGAACUGGUCGGAAGCCCAGCGACAGCAGCAGGUCCUGCAGCAGCAGCUCCGGGACCAGGAGCGGUACAAACAGCAGCUGCUGGCCGAGAGGCAGAAGAGGAUCCACCAGCAGAAGGAGCAGCGCAGGAGGCUGGAGGACCAGCAGAGGAAGCAGCUGCAGGAUUCUGGGUUCCAAUGGCCAGAGCUACAGGAGAUGCUAUGGCGGGAGGAGACUGAAGCUAAUGACAGAGGUCUAUUGGAUGAGAGGAACAAGAGAAGUAACAAGAGACAGGUGGAGGAUCGUGGCAGACGGAGGGUUGAUGUCGGAGGAAGGCCUGCAGGUCCUGUAGCUGAACAGAGGAGGACUGAGCCUCCACCUCCACAGUCUCAUCCUCAGCAGCAGCCCCAGCAGCAGCAGGGUAAAAAGUUCCACCGCACGCUGCCCAAAGACCAGACGCAGCUGCUUUCACUUCAGCACGACCACAGACACAAAAAGAGGGAGCCCCACAAGGCUGCUAGCGCCACGCAUAACUGCCCCGCAAAUAGCCAGCGCAAAGUGAUGGAGAUGGACAGGGUGAAGGUUUCUGACAGCUAUCAGGCCAACCUGAACAGAGUGCUGACUGCGAUGCCCCUCCCCCUGCGUGUCCAUACCAGACUGAGCUCUGGGAGCAGCUCCAGCCCCUGUACCCCUGCCACGCAGAGGGCUGCCAUACGACAGAAUGCCAAUCUUGGCUCCAGUCGAGACGCCCCUCACAGCAGCUCUAUGUCUGACAUGGCCACCACUCCCAUGUCUCCUACGUUUGAUGAUGUCUUCUGGGACUUCCCAAGCUCUGUGGAGCACCCACCAAAGGUUCCGGAGCGUACAACAUCCAAAUUAUAUUGCAAAGAGCUGAUGAAUCAUCACCGGACUGUGUCGAGUGGGGCCCCUCAGUCUCCUGUGGAGAAGGGAGGGAAGUCCAUGUCAUCUCAUGGCAGCUCCAGUAGCAGUUCCCAGUCAGGUUACUUGAAGCUGGAGAGCCCUCUGCUGCAGAGCCGUCUUCAGCAGUACAAGAAGUCUAAGGAGAAUUCUCCUGGAGCCCUUCUUCAGCAACAUGGUUUCGGCCACUUCUCUGGGCUUACGUCUAAUCUCAGUCCGUUUGUCAAGGCAACAGAGUACUCCUCUUCUAGCGAUGAAGUUGGGAGUAGUGAUGAUGAUGAGAAAACCCGGUCUCCAUUGAAUGGGAAAGGCAUGUUCUUCCAAGGAGCCCCUGAUGGGAUAGUUCUGCAGCCCCACCAUAAUCUCAACCAGACCCCGCAGAGCAGCGUGGCAUCAGGCCUUAAGAGUGGCCAGCCACUACACAGGCCCAUUGCUGUAGGAUCAGAAUGCAAUGAGAAUUACCUUCUCCCUGAUCUCCUGCAGAAGAGCCCGGCCCAUGAGCCCAUGGCGCAGCACGGCCCACAUGACGUCAUCUACCCCCAGUCUCCGAGCAGACGAGGACCACAUUCUGACAAACCUGUAAACUGUCCUCCAGGGAAAAGCAUCUCGUCCUCCUCCUUCACUCCCUUCAUCGACCCCAGGCUGCUGCAGAUCUCUCCCCCUCAGAGCCCAGUGGGCCACAGUCCCACCAGUGGCAGGCCGCCUGCUAAUCAGGAGCCAAUCAGGAGAGAGGGCCACAGGAAGGGCUCCGUGGUCAAUGUGAACCCCACCAACAUCAAACCCCAGAGUGAUACCCCCGAGAUCCGCAAGUACAAGAAGAAGUUCAACACCGAGAUCCUCUGUGCUGGCCUGUGGGGUGUGAACCUGCUGGUGGGGACAGAGAAUGGUCUGUGGCUGCUGGACAGGAGCGGUCAGGGGAAGGUCUACUCUCUGAUCAGCAGAAGACGCUUCCAACAGAUGGACGUUCUGGAGGGCCUCAACGUGCUCAUCACCAUCUCAGGUAAAAAGAACAAGCUGAGGUUGUACUACCUGUCGUGGCUGCGGAACAAGAUCCUUCGGAAUGACCCAGAGGUGGAGAAGAGGCAGGGCUGGACCUCUGUAGGGGACCUGGAAGGAUGUGUGCACUACAAAGUUGUUCGAUAUGAGAAGAUUAAGUUCCUGGUGAUUGCCUUGAAGAAUGCUGUGGAGGUGUACGCAUGGGCUCCCAAACCUUACCAUAAGUUCAUGGCUUUCAAGUCGUUCGGCUCGCUCCCCCAGAGGCCUCUGUCCGUGGACCUGACGGUGGAGGAUGGACAGAGACUUAAGGUCAUCUACGGCUCCCUGUCGGGCUUCCACGCCAUCGAUGUUGACUCGGGGACGCCCUAUGACCUCUACCUGCCCACGCAUAUCCAAGGUGUGAUCCGGCCUCAUGCCAUCAUCAUCCUACCCAACAGCAGUGGCAUGGAGGUGCUGGUGUGUUAUGAGGACGAGGGGGUUUACAUAGACACCUACGGACGCAUCACCAAGGAGACAGUGCUGCAGUGGGGAGAGAUGCCUGCAUCUGUCGCCUACCUGCAGUCCAACCAGGUGAUGGGCUGGGGAGACAAAGCAAUCGAGCUGAGGUCAGCUAACACAGGCAACCUGGAGGGAGUCUUCAUGCACAAGAAGGCCCAGAAACUCAAGUUCCUUUGUGAGAGGAAUGACAAGGUGUUCUUUGCCACGGUGCAGUCUGGGGGUUGCAGCCAGAUCUACUUCAUGACACUGGGCCAAAACUCCCUGUUCAACUGUAGUUUUUAGGAAGAAGGAAGAAGAAAACAAAGGAAGAAGAAAAGGAUCAUUAUGUUGGCCUUGUGCUAUUUAGAGUAUUUUUGGACGUAAGUGGCUGUACAUAUUAUUUGCACUGUUUUAUAGAUAUUUUAUAUCCACUGGUCAUCUUUACAGUUUAAUGGGGUUUCAAUUUAUCUAGCCCUUUGCACUACGACCACUUUGGUAAAUGUUCGCUCUACAAUGCUUUAUUGUCACAGUCUUAUACAUUUGAAGUCUUUUAUUUUCAACAUUAAAUGGUAAAUGUUCGAUGUACAAUGCUUUAUUGUCACAGUGUAAUACAUUUGAAGUCCUUUAUUUUCAACAUUAAACAGAGAUUGCAUUUGAUUUAGAUAAAGCUAAAUCGUCUAUUUGAUAUGCCAUGAUCUAAAAAUGAUGUGAAAACAGCAAUAGGCUUUCAACUCUUAAGAUUGUCAAACAUAUGUGACCCACCACAUGGAUUCGGUCCUAUGUAGCCAAAUUUGAAAUUGUUUUUUUCUUUGGAUAAAAGUAGAGACUCAGAGCUAUAACAUGUUAUAUCAUACACUGCAGUUGAGGAAUAAUGGGAAAGUAAUUUUGCUUUGAAUUGUAACCCCACUUUUGAGAAAAUGGCCCUUGAUAGUUUUGGUGUACCUACUGGAGAGCUCUUCUUGUCUACACCCAUUCAGCAUCGUUCACACCCUGUUAAGCUUUAGCCCCACCCAUUUCUUUAAGGAUUCACAUGUGAGGCCAUGUGCUAAACAGAGUGUGUAGUGUAGUAAACAACCAAAGAUUUCAAGACUAAAAGUGGUAAAAGUAGUAGCCUACAGUAAUGAAAAACUCCAGGUAAAAAUACACUUUAUCAAGUUUUUGGCCUAUAUCAUAAUCUGACUUUGGUGCUGGUCAUGUUGUUCUUCACAUUACCGUCUCUGGUAAACACACACUAUAUCAAAUAAAAUCUCAGUUUAUUUGUCACAUGCACAGGAUACAGAAGGUGUAAACAGCACAGUGAAAUGGUUACUUGCAUAUUAGCAAUAUCAAAAACAAAGUGUCCAGAUAAUUAUUUGAUGAUGUUUACCCAGACACACUUGUCUAAAUUGAUGGGUUAUGUGAAAGAAAUGCUAUAACCCCCACCCAGCCACAUCUAGAUAAGUGGAUGGCUCACUAUUGUCUAGACAUGUACACAUGUUCAUAAUCACCCCCAUAUACCUGGCUAACUUGAUGGGUUAUGUAAUCAUCUGGCAAAGUGGAGUCUUUUGUUUAGACAUGUAGCUAGCUAGCUAAACAGUGAACCGGAAUAAUCUCAACUCAUACUACUACCAAAACAAACUGAUUGUCAUAGCUGUAGUAUGAAUAUGCAGGUGCUAAAGCUAACCAACUAGGUUCAAUGUUAGCUAGCUAACAUUAGGCUACAACUAGCAAUGCAAAUGGCUUUCUGAUUCAAAAAAUAUUACUACACAGAUAGGUUCAAUGUCCGCUAGCUAGCUAACAGUACGCUUUAACUUGCAAUAAAAACAAAUUUCUGAUAAAAUUAGAAAUGUAUAAUAUCUGAAAAUGUAGCUAGACUCUUACCCGUAUACAUGGAUGAACACUUCACGGCAGACUGUAACCAUUUAACUUUUUUGUAGCUACAGUACAUCUUGUUUGACCAGCAUUGUGUAAAGUCACUCUGGUUCACACUGACCGUGGCGUGUGCAGAAAAAAAGCCCAUCACAACUUUUUCCAACUGAUUGGUCAAUAGCGCCUGCUAAAUUCAGGGCAUCAAUUUUGUUGAGAAAAGUAGCAAAACGUUUGUAGUUCUCGAUGGCUAAUGAUAUAUAUUUUUUAAAAAUCUGCAGUAAAAAGGAUUAUCAACGCAUACUGAGCAGCUCAUGUUAUAGACAGAAGCAUCCUACAUGGCAGACCAAUCCAAACUCAUCUCCAGGCAUCUCCAGCCCAUCCAUUAUCUUAGCCAAUCAUGGCUAGCAGGAAGGUUCCUGACUUUUUCCAUGGCUAAACCAACUAGGCUCAUAAUUUAACCAUUUUAUUCGUAUUUACAGAUGGAAUACCAGUUUGUUAUUCAGGCACAUGAAAGUUUACAUGUUCCAGAAGGCAUUUAUGUAAAAAAAAAUGGAUUUUGAUUUAAAAAAUGUAUUAAUUAAAAUGCCUCUCCUGGGAAGUAGUGACGUGCAACAUACGCCUAGCUUCCUGAAAUGGGUCACACAUACUCUUUUGUAGAAAAUGUUUGGUUAUGAACAUUGAAAUAAUUGAGCUGUGCCACAAUUGUGAAAUGUUAACUCAAAUCAAUUGCAUUUGAAUCCAGUUGUUAUUUGCUUUUUCUUCCCCCAAUAUGCUAAAUGUUUUGCCACCAUUUUGAUUAGAGAUCUAGUUUUGGCAGUUAUUUUAUGUUUAUGAUAGAAUACUGCAGCUGGUUCUGUGAGCAUAUUGUCAACUGAAAAUGACCUUUUUCAAGACACAAUUUGAUAUAAUGUUGUUAUUGUAUUGUUACUAAAAAAGCAUAAUGUAUUUUUCAGUGAGAAUUCACUCUUGAAGUGUAUUCAACUGACAAGAUAUUUAGGUUAGAAGGGAAAAGCCAAUAAGGUAAUCAGUUUCACAUAGCAUUUUCAGGUAUAUUUACCCUAUAAUUGUUAGGUUUCCAAGAACUAAUGUUUUCACUAUCAUUGGUCUAAUUGGUAGAAUAAUCUUAAUUUACAUCCUGGCUGAGAUUUGUAGACAAGGCAAAGUGGUAAGAAAUCAAUCAAAUUGAGUUUUGGUUAAAUGUUUGUAGUAGAUUGGCUUUAAGUAUUUUAGAAAAUAGUAAGAGCACUCAGUUGAUAUCUCAUUUAUUUGACAUGUAUGAUGCAAAUUUUAUCAUUUGUCAGAUUUUGAGUAAGGGAUUCAAUGGGUAUAUUUAAACAUAUUUUUAUAAUUAACUUAAAACUUUUUUUAAUGCCCAAGUAGAACUUGUGACAGUGAGUCAAUAUGAUUACCAUCUCCAUUUGUAUAAAGUUGGUGAUUAUUUCUAUAAAAAGGGGAAUUUUAAGCAGAAUUUGUAAUGUCUGACAUGUUAAUGAGUUAGAUAAUACUUUACCAACAGACAUUUGUAUUACAGUUGAGGAUUGUGAGUCAUAGCACUCUCUGUCAUUUCUCCCCCUAUCCACUCCCAUACCUCAUGAAGUGCUCUUGUGUGAGAUCAUUGUCCUCUUGAGAGCUUUGUACUGUAGGAAGGACUGAGGAUGUUGAUGAGUACUGUAGCAAGGACUGAGGAAGUUGAUGAGUACUGUAGGAAGGACUGAGGAUGUUGAUGAGUACUGUAGGAAGGACUGAGGAUGUUGAUGAGUACUGUAGGAAGGACUGAGGAAGUUGAUGAUGGUUUGUGUCAGGUGUGCAUCGUGUAGCUGUGAAGAGUCCUCUCUGCUUUAUAUGAUGCAGAGCAAAUGUAGUUUUUGUUCUUGGGGAAUUCGAGUUAGAAGACAAAAUAAUUCUGAAAGGAUUUUGAUUUUGAGGUUUUCCCCAACAAAAUAUAUCUAUUUUAGUGUCAAAAACGUAAUGAUAAGGUUGACCAAAAUAUAUUGAUAAAUAUCCACAACAUAUAUUGUUUCCUUACCUGUUCUUUUCCCAUUUUGUUUUUGAAAUUGUAUUGAAAAAUUAUGUUUAUUUUAUUUUGUCCCUUGUGUUGUCUUAGUUUUGCUUUAUUUUUGCACUGGAACUUUCGUAUUAUUUGUACAGCAUGUACUGUAUACCCAACCGGUGAAAUUAAUUAGUAACACUAAUUGAGGUGUUAUUAUGUAAAAAUACUGUUGAACAAUAAAAUAUGUUGUAUACAAUUA